UUGCAACGUAUUUGCUUACCUCAGCAUGUGCAGCUGUUAAUAUUAAUUAAUCAAAGAAAUCAACUUUUCAACCUUGAGCCUAAGACCAUAAAUACACAGUUCAGCUUCCUAAACACAGACAAACAGAUAAACCAUUCCAAAAGCCAAACUCGAUCGAUGGCUACAAUUACAAACGCCAAUGCUCUGCCCCUCAAUGGCAGAGUAGCGAUAGUCACCGGAGCUUCCCGCGGGAUCGGCCGUGCAGUUGCUAUUCACCUCCGCUCCCUCGGCGCCAAGCUUGUUAUCAACUACGCUUCCAAUUCCAGCCCAGCCGAUCUACUGGUUUCCGAGCUCAAUUCCGGCGCCGAUCCGGUCUCCAUCGCCGUCAAAGCCGACGUAUCGAACCCGGACGACGUCAAAUUGCUCUUCGAUCGAGCAGAGCAGGCCUUCAACACCACGGCUCACAUUCUCGUAAACUGCGCCGGGGUUCUAGAUCCAAAAUACCCAGCCCUAGCCGACACGGCGGUCGAGGUCUGGGAUGCGACUUUCGGCGUGAACGCUAAGGGCGCUUUUCUGACCUGCCGCGAGGCGGCGAACCGAUUGGCUCGAGGCGGCGGCGGGAGGAUUGUCCUGGUAUCGACCUCGGUCGUGGGGUCGACGCUGCCUGGGUACGCGGCGUACGCAGCGUCGAAGGCGGCGGUGGAAACGAUGGCGAAGAUCGCGGCAAAGGAGCUGAAGGGGAGCGGGAUAACGGUGAACUGUGUGGCGCCGGGGCCGGUGGCGACGGAGCUGUUCUUUGCGGGGAAGAGCGAUGAGGUUGUGCAGAGGAUGGUGGAGGGGUGUCCGAUGGGCCGAUUGGGAGAGCCCAAUGAUGUGGCCCAGUUAAUUGGGUUCUUAGUUACUGAUGGUGGGGAGUGGGUUAAUGGCCAGUACUCCGACAGCUCUGGUAUCUCCUUCUUCACCGCUAUCGUAUACGAAACCAUCUCUUGGCUGCUCAUCUACCGCACAAAUCCCUCAAAUCCACCAUCGACAAACAAGGCCUCCAAAAAGCUCGAGACCAUGAAAACCACUGAUGCGAAAUCAUCCAAGACCAAGAAGAUGUACUCGCUCAAGGAAUCGAGUAGUUGGAUGAAAUUUAGUUGCUUGGCUGCUCAUCUACCGCACUCAACCGUUGCUUGUAUGCCGUAUAAAUUUAGUUGGAUGAAACUUGUUGCAUGCACUAGAGUUGUUCCGAACCAGAGAAGGAAUCUGAAUCUCGGUUGUUAUGAAGAUGAGUUAUGUUUUGUUAUGUUUUCAUUUUAA